CUUUCCCUCCCUCCUUCUAUCGUGACUGAGACGAGGCCCGAGGGAAAGAGAGAGAGCAUAGCGCACGAAAUGGCGUUCUCAGGGAGGAAUGUACCUCUCCCUCGUUGCUUCCGCCUUGCGCUUCUGCUUCUGACGAUCUCGCUCUCCAAUCAAGCCUUCGGCAUUCGCUUGCCUGAUCGGAUCUCAAGCACGACGAGGGACGCACCGAGUGAACCUCUCAAAUCGGCCGUCUUCGCUCUCGGUAGCUUCUGGAGAUCUGAAGCCGUCUUCGGCUGCUUGGACGGCGUCGUGCGAACCACAGUUGGAUAUUCCGGCGGAUCUAAACCCAAUCCUGAGUACCGAAGCUUAGCCGAUCACGCUGAGUGCGUCCAGGUGGAAUACGAUCCCAGGCUGAUUAACUACAGGCAACUGCUGGAUGUUUUCUGGUCGAGUCACGAUUCAAGGCAAGUUUUUGGGCAAGGGCCUGAUGUUGGCAACCAAUACAGGUCUAUUAUCUUCGCUAAUGGAACCGAGGAAUCGAGGUUAGCUUCCACUAGCAAAGAAAAGGAGCAGUUGAAGUCUAGAAGCAGCAUUGUGACUACCCAAAUUCAACAACUAGUAGUUUUUUAUCCCGCUGAGCCGGAGCACCAGAAAUUUGAGCUGAAGAGAAACGCAUUGCUUCUUCAGUUGAUGGGAAACUUGCCCGAAGAUGAGCUAGAGAGGUCAAGCCUGGCAGCGAAACUAAAUGGAUAUGCAGCAGAGCUCUGUCCACCCAGGAUUCAAGGGCAGAUUGAUGCCAAAAUCAAUGAAAUUGUUAAGAAAGGAUGGCCUGUUCUGAGGAACAUAUAAUAGUUCAUAUCUUUUUGUAAGUUCAGAAAGAGCGUCCCCCAUGUUCAGCAUGUCAUGGCGGUGCUGCUGCUGGGAUUUCCAGCCAUAUCUGAACACUAGCUAGAUCAACCACAAUGUACUUCCUAUAGGACCCAGUUUUACUAUACCUGGGUGGCUAGUUAAACAGCUGUAAUGAUUGAAUUCAUUUUGUUGAUGUUUGUGAAUUGUAAGCAAACGUUUCUGUUUGGAUUCUGAGAGUGCCCUGAGUAGAAUUAUAAGAACUUUGUGAAUUCCGACUUCAA